AGGAUCUUCUACACAGUAGCCUUACUUCGUUGCAUCUCCUCGCCGUUUGUUGAACUUGAAUCACUGUUGAUCGUGUAACUGUGUGCUAACUUACUCAAGUAUUCAUCUCUUCGCCUUCCUCCUCCACGCCUUUUGCCCGCUCCUACUUCAUGCCUAUUAGACCUUGCAUAGUCUUAUCUUGUUGCACCACGCUAUUUACGAAACCACAUCACCCAUAAUUUUGGUAUGUAUGAAUCACAAGACAUCCCUAAAACUGCUGGUGCAGUCGCGGGCUGGCAGGCCUUCGCGGCUGACGGCAAAGCACGGAUGGACCGUGAGUUAGCAUUGAGUGCGAAAUGCGACCUGCUGUUCCCUCUCCGCUCGCUUUAUAAUGCACCACAGCCCAUAGCUAUCUAUUUCUACGGCCCCGGGCCCGAUGGGCGAUUACAUCCUGAAGGCCCGCCCGUUGGAACUUUGCACUUCGCCAGAUGGAGACACGAGUUUGCGGCCUUUGUAGACCCCGACGGUCUGGGAUACUAUCAUGAAGACAACCCUAUGACAAUCAACGGCCAGCAAAUUCGACCCACCUACACAACCAAAGGCAACCAGGUUGCCCGAGAGGUAAACUACUUCCGAUGGGAGAGAGUUCCAGCACAGUUUUUGGCGGGUGUCAAAACAUACCCUGGGCCUGGAGCCACCCGAGCCAUUCACGACGAGUAUCUCUUGAACCAUGACGACUUUAAUGACCACGACGUCGAAAGGCGGAAAGUUAGAGCGGAUCUGGACAACAGACUAGACGAAGACCCAAAAACCAUCUACCCUCUCGGCUACAGACUUCUCAAGAAGUGGUCUCAAGUCAACGGCCACCCACAAUGGCAAGAGGGGGUUUGCUUGGGUGCAGAUCCCGGCAACUCGGACGCGUUGACUAAGCACAUAGGGUGGUUCCCCAAAAGACUACGCAGGACUAAGGCUGGUCUCGGCGCAGACCCUCAAGAUGCUGUUUGGAAAGAAGUUUUCCAUGGAAAUGUGGAUGCGAAAGCUAAGGAAAUUUUCACUCCUCCUAAAGAUAGAUGGUCUGAUGAUCCCUCAAAAGUCACCACCAUGACCUGCUCCAAAAGCUCUCACAUGGCGCAGGAUCAUGACUCUGUCCUAACGUUUGACAUCGUUUCUCUCUCGGCGUUAAAAGAAAUCCUGUCGCUUCCUGAGCCCGACACUCUCGACGCCCGAAACACAUGGCUCGAUGGGCGUGCUCCAAUUAGGAGACUCGGCUACCGGGCUAAAGAAGACUUGAAACCGAGCGGUCUCGGCAGAGAAGUUGGCCAUCCGGGACAAUGCAUCCGAAGAGCACCAAGCUGUUGAAGCAACACUUCAUGAGCUCUCUAUAAACCCCCCGCCUGGAAAAGAAGGCAGAAAGCCCAUCUUGGAAUAUUCUGCAUUUCGAUCAAGAUUGCUUGGGAUGCCAGUUACCCAUAUUUUGGGUUAUGAAUGAUGGAUUAGGUGUUGCGCAAAGUCACAUGAGCCAUUGAGUUAUUGAGUUGCCUUGUUUGUUGAAGUUACAAUGUUUCGGAGGCCAAGAGAAAAGAAGCUGUAGCUGCAUUUAGUUAGAAGGAAUCUGAAUGCCUUCACUCUUGGCCGUCUGGACUUCGCGCAGUAAUAAAGGUCUUACUGUAAAAUUAGUGUACACCGCGAAUCGUGACAUGAUGUAAAUGUAUCGAGGCAGAGUGGGCUAAUUCUCGCAUUGCAUUUGUAUCAUAAGAUUUCUUAAAGCUCGUUUGCCAUUGUGUUAGUGGCUCGCAACCCCGAAGUGCAUUAGGCGUGUUGGGGGGGGGGCGUGGUUGGGUUUGAUGUCGUCUGGAAACAUGACAGCUUAAGGCCGAGACGAUUUCUACCACUGUUUUCAUUUCACAAUCCCCAAACAGAUGACUACCGGGACAACGCGUGUAAUACCACAACCCCGGUUAAAGUUAUCUGUCUUCAAGUGUUUUAUCUGACAUCUCACCUGUGACCCCGAAGGGAUAUG